AUGGGUAGUGCUGAUAGCCCCUCGGUAGCAGCUCUACCAACAAGCGGCCGGCUAUUCCCGGUACGCACGCCAAGGUCAGCACCGGCCCCCGGCAGCAACUACGAAUCGACGAUGACGGAUGAUUCCUUGGCGGCGGCGGCGGCCGAGGAAGAGCCUGUGAGCCCUACUGCAAGACUCAUGGAAGAUAUAUACAUCGUUGUUACCGUCGGCCUUGGCUGCCCCGUAAACCUUCCCGUCUUCAGCGCCGGCAUCGCUGCCCAACUUGCCCGAUACCCGCGCUUCAGCAGCAUUCAGGUCACAGAUGAGUACAAUGGUGGCAACCCACGGUGGGUGCGCACGGCGGUGAACGUGGAUGACCACAUGAUCGUCCCGACGCUGGACCCCGCCGCCAUGGAGGCCGACCCGGACCGGGCCGUUGAGGACUACAAGACCUCGCUGCCCGCGCUCCCCAUGGACCCCUCCCGCCCGCUCUGGGAAUUCCACUUCCUCGACUUCCCGACCUCCGAAGCCACCUCCACCGUGGUCAUCCGCGUGCACCACUCCAUGGGCGACGGGAUGUCGCUGAUCACGCUUCUCCUCGCGUCCGCGCGCAGCGCCGCUGACCCGGCACGCUUGCCGGCCAUGCCGGAGCAGCCGUCGCGCACGGGCGCCAUCUAUACGCCGCGGCCGCGGUCCGCCGGCUUCCUGGAGUCGUUCGUCAUGCGGAUCUGGCUGUAUCUCAUGCUUGCAUGGAACACCGUGGUGGACGUCAUCUUCUUUGCUGCGACGAUUUUGUUUCUGAGAGACCCGGACACGGUCUUCAGACGCGGGGAUAGUGACGUUACGUUGAAACCCCGCAGGCGCUUCGUCCACCGGAGCCUUAGCUUGGACGAUGUCAAGUACAUCAAGAAUGCCAUGAACUGCACUGUCAAUGAUGUGCUAGUUGGAGCGACUUCUGCUGCUCUGUCCAGAUAUUACUUUCGCCAGUAUGGUUACUCCAAAACAAGGAAACUAUGUUUGCGCUCUGCCCUCUUUGUCAAUACAAGGCCAACAGCUAGCCUACAAAAAUAUGUUAAUAUGAUAGAAUCUGGCAAGAGUAGCGAGGUGGCAUGGGGAAAUCAACUAGGCUACAUCCUUCUUCCAUUUCAUUUAGCGAUGCACGAUGAUCCACUUGCAUAUGUUCGCAAGGCAAAGAAGACGGUGGACAGGAAAAAGAGCUCACUUGAAGUUAUCUUCACGUGUAAGAUGAGUGAAUUUUUCCUGAAAAUGCUUGGUCUGAAGGCAGGGGCUUUUAUCUUUCAACGUAUGUUCACCAAUACAACUAUUUCGUUCUCAAACAUGGUUGGACCAACUGAACAAGUAGAGUUCUAUGGACAUCCAGCGAUCUUCAUUGCACCUAGCAUUUACGGAAUUCCACAAGCUUUAGGUGUGCACUAUCAGAGUUACAAUAGAACUCUUAAGGUAAUUUUGUCAGUCAAUGAGGAAAUAUUUCCAGAUUAUGCUCAACUUCUGGAUGACUUUGCUCAAUCAUUCGGGCACAUUAAGGAUGCGGCUUCAAGGAUUUCAACACCCGUCAAGAAAGAAUAA